UUUCAUCACUACGAUUUUUCUUACUAUUGUUACUGUAAUAAUUGAGAACAUUAUUAAGUUCCAUAUUGGCUUCAUGCUGAAUUUUGUGCGUCCUGCGUUCUCUGGAGAAGCUGUGAUAUCUUUAUUUCUUCUGAUUUUUAUCUACUUAUGGAAGGUAAAUAUGUAUGAGAUUGCUGGAAGAUUUUUUCUUUACAAGUUGUCUAAUGCUUUUGGCCCUUCCUACCGUUAUUUAUGUCUUUCUGCAUCAUGACUGAUCUCAUCAAGUUACCUAAGCAAAUCUUUAGCUUGGCUAUGAUGAAUGACCCAUGACCCAUCUUAUAUACGAAAGCCAUGUACGUCACUACCAACUCAAAACCAAAAGAACCAUAAAAAACAAGCUCCCUCCAUUAAAUCAUGUUUUUAUAUAGGAUUAGCAUAUUAUAGUUUGCCCCCAUCAACCUCAUUAGAUAUACUUUUGCUUAAAUGCCUGCCUUUAGCGUACUCUGUAACUGACAUCAAAAUGGUGACGAGUUGGACACACGUUAUCAAGAUGACCUCACAACCAACCUGAACUAGGCUAUAUAUUAAGAUACUCGAAUGGAGAAUCUCUGGUCCCCUAUGAAUUGCAUUAUGUGACUGGUAUAAAUGCUGUGGUGAAGUGAGAAUCCAUAACUUACUGACUGGACUCUAUGGACUCAGGUGAUCGACAGAGAGGAGAAGUUCGAUACAGGGGAGUAAGGAAGAGGCCAUGGGGAAAAUAUGCAGCCGAGAUUCGUGACUCAACGCGGCCUGGAGCUCCUCGCUUGUGGUUGGGGACUUUCAAGACAGCUCAAGAUGCCGCUCGAGCUUAUGAUAGAGCAGCUUACGCAAUGAGGGGUACCAUGGCCGUUCUCAACUUCCCUGAAGAAUAUCCUUUGUUAACAAAUGCUUAUUCUGCCCUCGCUCCCUCCUCCUCCUCCCCCUCCUCUGGCUCAUCAUCAAUGUCAUAUUCUUCAUCUUCGUCUUCAUCCACUGUGUUUCCUGGGGAAAGUGGACGUGCGCAUGAUAAAGAGGUGAUUGAGUUUGAAUGCUUGGACAACGAGGUGUUGGAGGAGCUUCUUGGUUUCGAGGAGAGUGAAAUCAAGAAGCAGUGAAGCCUUCCAUCAUCUCCCUUGGGCAUAUUUUACUCGAGGAAAGUAACAGGAAAUAAUAUUAUAUUUUUAAACUUUUCAGUGUUGUUUUGUAUAACAAUUAUAUACCUUUCAGCCUGCUUAUUGGUCCCUUCCAAUAUUAUUUGUGGCUCUCUCCCGUCAAUGACCCCCCGUCUAUGAUGAUGCAUUCUGCAUACGAAGGCCAUAUGAGAUCACUAUAUUCACUACCAACUCAAAAACAAAAACAACUAUAAAAACCUUAUGUAUGUCAUGUUGAUGGCUACUGUAAAUUAUAUU